AUGAGGAUGAUGAUGAUACUAGAUCGGGAGGAACAUGUACAACGUGAUGAACCUGUGGAUGACGGCAUUAAUAGGUCCUCAUAUAUGCGUGAUGAAUUUGUUGAAAUGCCACCUGAAGUAGAAGCUACUCAGUUUAUAGAGGCAUGGGAAGACGGAUUGGGUGUGAGUGUACUUCAAGAGUUUCCAAACAAAAAGGCAGUGCAGGAUACGGUGGAUAGAGCCGCAUUUGAUAAUUGUUUUGAUUUCAAGAUUAAAAAGUCGGAUAUGGUGCGCUAUGUGGUGAAAUGUCGUCAAGAGAGCUGUAAAUGGUUUUUAAGGGCUGCAAAGAUUAAUGGUUCUUCUCGUUUCUCGAUUAGAACGCACAACAAGAUGCAUACAUGUUCUCGGGCUAGUCAGAGUACAAGAAACCAGAGUAGGAAAGGAACACCACGACUAGUUGCAGCUAUAUUGCAUGAAGAUUAUCCAGGACUAAUGGAGACUCCAACUCCUAAAAGUAUCAUGGGUAUUGUGCAGAACAAACUUGGCCUAAGAAUAUUGUACUCGACUGCAUUAAGAGGGAAAAACCAUCAUGUUUGUAAUUUGUGA